AUGUCUCAUGAGUACGAGUUCCUUGCCAACGCCAUACUUGGCCUUUCUGCCCAGCACCUCACUUUGUUCCACGGCGCAGACUACUCCAUCCAGGCACUGGAUCUGCGAGUCGCCGCCAUCAAUGGCCUUAACGAAGCUUUGUCACAACCAUGUCUGACGACCAUUGACGCCGAUGCCCGGUACGCGGCUAUUAUAGCAUUGACUUAUCAAUCUGCCUAUAUGCCAGAUGCAAUGAUGGAAUUUAUAACGAUGCUGCGAGGGUGGAUGUUUAUCCAGACAAAAGUGGUUCCAGACCUCGAAAUGUCCAUGUUCCGUAACUUUACGAGGGAGGCAUUUGUAGGCAGUAUGAAACAACAUAUCGCCUGGCAUCUGACCAACAAAAACGCGAUUUUGCUAGAUGACUGUCUUGCGUCUCUCAAAGUUGUUCGGGUGUUGUGCCAGGGAACCGCAGAGAUCAAGUACCUCUCUGCACUCGAAAGGUUGGGUCGCUUGGCCAAGCAGUCUCCCAUUGAAGCGUUCUUAGAGAUUGCGCCUUGCUACGGAUUGACAAAUAAGAUGACGGAAGAGGAGUUUAAGGCAUUCACAGAGCCAUCCAACAGCUGCGCGCGUGUUUUACUAUCCCAUUUUCUCAUGCUGAACUACGCUUUAGAGCAGCACUUUCUUAGUCCUCAGUCAAAGCACUUUGCCUUUUGCAAAGAGAUUAGUACAGCGUGGGUUAUUAGGGUAGCUGCAGAUCUGCCUUUCAAGUUUCAGCAGCACAUGAUGUGGCCGCUGGGAAUGGCGACUGGCUCAAUGAAGACGUGA